AGAACAUUUUGGGUAAAACGCGUGAAAGGGGUAAAAGAACAUAGUAGGUGUUAUUCGUGGAAGCGAAUCAUCGUCUUUGAUGAACCCAAUGUUUCAGUAGGAUCUAAUUUUCAGAGGUUUUGCCAAAAGAACAAAUUUGAAGCAAUUGUUUUUGUGAGCAAACUUUAAUUCCUUCCGAUCUCUUGAAAAUCAAUUUUCGAUUUUGGGAUCAGUGGGAAUGGAGAAGGUGAUGAACAUUCUGAAGCCGAAGCCAAAUCCGCAACAACUAUUGAGGGAUUGGCAGCGCAGGCUUCGUCAGGAGUGUCGCAACAUUGAGCGCCAAAUUCGCGAUAUACAGAGAGAAGAAAAAAAUGUGCAGAAGGCGAUCAGAGAAGCUGCAAAGAGAAAUGACAUGGGUUCCGCAAAGGCACUUGCCAAGGAACUUGUGAGAUCUAGGAAAACUGUUAACCGUCUUUAUGAAAAUAAAGCACAAAUGAAUUCUAUAUCAAUGCACCUUGGGGAGAGCGUUGCAAUUGCUCGUACAGUGGGACAUCUGUCAAAAAGUGCUGAGGUUAUGAAGCUUGUCAAUAAUCUCAUGAAGGCUCCCGAAAUGGCUGUGACAAUGCAAGAGUUCAGCAAAGAAAUGACUAAGGCAGGAGUUAUCGAGGAGAUAGUAAAUGAUGCUGUGGACUCAGCACUAGAUUCUGAGGAUAUAGAAGAUGAGAUAGAAGAAGAAGUCGAUAAAGUGUUGACCGCAAUAGCCGGUGAGACAGCUGCACAACUUCCUGAAGCUGUGAGGAAAGAAAGGGUGAAACAACCUGGUCAAAGUGUUGGAGCCUCAGAGGAAGAGGCUAUAGCAGAGGGUGUUGAUGAUGAGGAAGAAAUGGAAGAAAUUAGGGCCCGACUUGCUAAAGUUAGAUCAUAAGCAAGUAUUCUAAUCUCACACCUCUACUUGUACUCUGGUGUGUUUUAAGAGAUUGAGAUGUUGACAGGUUUGUAUCCUAUUUGUUGAAACAGACAAUUGAUAAAUCUAAUGGGUAAUAUAUUGUGAAGGGAGGUUCGUAUGUAAUUACACCCGUUCUUGCAAAAUGUCUCAAGCUGUAGUUUUUUUUUGCUGUGACAA